AUGUCACUGAAGUACGCCCUGGGAUACGCUUUUUACGUUGGGACUCUGAUUCUAGCAAAACCUCUAAACAUUUCUCUAGCUUAUAAAACACCAGCUAUCUUACGUCUUCCUCUACCAUCGGAUCUCCUCGCAUUGAAUGUGGACACGAAUUCUGCCUCGAAUGACUCUACUACAUCACUCAACGUGACAAGCGGUCAGCCCUUACGUAUCCAAUGCGAUGGCGCUUCUUAUGGCUUCGAUCUGGACAUUUUUGAUUGCGAACAAGCGAAGGCAUAUGUCCCUCCCAACGCUGACCAAGUUCAAUGGGCCGACCGUCACACGGGCAGCCAGGAACAGAUUUUUCCUUUGCCCUACAGAGCCAUGGGCGAUAAAGCGUUAUGCUAUGUCCAGCCGGUCCUCAUCGGUGGUGCUACCUCUGCAAAGGCAACCACCAACCAAGUCCGCAAUGCUGCCGCUGCGGUUCGACAUGAAUGCUUUUCCGGUGGUAAGUUGCAGGGUGGGAUUGCUACGAACAUAGGUGGCGACAAUAACCUUGCAGUAAUCAUGAGCGCAUACCAACCACCAUCAGCGAUCCAGUGCAGCGGAAAGUUCCGGGCCAUGAGCUCAUGCCAAGAUGUUUUAGAAGGCAUGCCAGUCACUACCGAGAAGGAAGCCUUCGGUCCCUCAACUGAUCCGACGACGCAAGUCUUGCUACCUCAAGCCGUUGAGUCAGGUGAGAUGAUCAACGGACCACCAUAUGACACUUUCUGUCUGCUGAGGAUAGUCGACAACUCCACCACGUCGGACACGGCCGCGUGGUAUGAAUUUUGGGAAGCGACCACGGCGAUUUGGUCCGCCUGCGUCAGGCACGGGCAGGGCGGGAGUCUCGGGGGCCUCGGCGAGUUCCUCACGGUCACGAGUGGUGGAAUAUGUGGCUAA